CUUCUCUUGUGGUAGCGGCGCUUCGAGAAGCUUACGCAGCUCUCGACAUUUCUGACAGGUCGUGGAAUACGGAGCCCGAGCCUACGUGUUGCGUCAAGAUCCAUAGUGUGCACGUCGCUUUUUCGCAUACUGUCGUAAAGUGUACUGGAAAGGAGGGAACCAGAGUAGAGGAGGCAACCGCAGGGUGGGAGACUGUUGAGUAUGUUCAUCUUGUUUCCGAAAUGGAACUAGUGGAGCGUCAAGAUUUUUCGCAAUAUCUAAAGAAUUUCUUCACUGAUCCUGAUCUUUUGGUAGGCACGCUCUUCAGAGAUGCGGCUCAAGCUGUGCAGGAUAUGCACCGUAUGGGAUGGACGCACGGUGUAUGGCAAGGAACCUGUGGCAUCCGCCGGAGGGUUAAGUCAGUAGUCUCAAAGUGUGGCUUUUGGAUCUCAGUAUCCAUAGCCGCUGACACCGUAAUUGUAGAUGUAUAUUUACUAGUUUGGCUGUGUGUGAAACGAAUCUCGCCCCUGUGUAGGCUGCUCUUUCAGUAGCCCCAGGAUACAAAAAAAAGAAACUUUUUCUGAAGUCUCCAAAUCCAAAUCCAAACUUGAAUUUGUAGAGCCGCCCCCCUUCUCCUUCCCUCUAUUCCCUCUCUCAUGUUGCGACAUCAAGCCCGAAAACUUCCUUGUUGCUGUUCGCCGCAAUCAGCAGAAGCUCGUGCUCGCGGAUUUUGGUAACGCGAUGCCUGCUGGCCAGUGGCGGGGACGACAGACUAUCGGAGCUGAUAAAGCUUAUCGGGACCCAGAGCUGACAUAUAGCAACGCCGUCAAUGCAGUCGCCGCAGAUUGCUGGUCACUUGGAGCGACGUUCUACAAGGUUGCAGCAUAUUAUUGCUGGGGCAGUGAUCCUAGCGCGACAGCGAUUGAAAUAGAGAAGAAUGCUCAAAAAUGGGUCUCCGAGAACAUGGUCCCUCAGACACCUUAUGACUUAUCGCUUAGCAGGCAACAUUGUCUGAGAAUCUGACUGCUCUGUGUUCUUCCGAAUAGCACUGCCCCGAUCCUGAUAAAUACCUAUCUUCAACUACUAUUUUAUCUUUUCUUCAACUACUACAGAAACUAUCCUGAUGCAGAGACGUAACUCUGUAGUCCUAUUAGGAUGACACCUGACAUAACUGUUUGAUAGGGCAACAUAUCCUAUUAGUUAUAACAUGACUACACACUGCUGUAUCCUAGAGAAUCUAAUACCAUAGUGUUAUCCUGGUCAAUGUCUUUCUCUUUCUUCAACGACUGACAGAGAUCUUGCAUUUCCUGGAUUUGCAUUGUUUGUGUUGAUGUGUUUCCGCAGAUGAAACGGUCCGUCGGGAUGUUCUAACAGCAAGCGUUUCGCGUGUGGUGGUUUUAUCGCAAAUAUCCAGCGAAUGGCAUUCACACAUCAGACGAUGAUUUGGCCUCUACUCGAGAAUACUUCCCGCCUCCAUUUAAUCAAGCUAAGCCUGCUCGCGUGCGACAACUCUGUCUCGCUGGUCGGCAUGCGCGUGCGAUUACCUGUUUCAUGGCAGUGCUGGAGACGCACGCUUUUAAUGUAGAUCCGGAAGCACGAAGCUUGGAGAAGCUGAAGAAGGCGCUGGACGGCAUCGGCAAGGAGGACUACAGAGAAGAGGCACUACAGCUACCUCCACUUCCUGAAGCCGAAGCUGAAGCACCACAGCCAUCCCAACCACUCCAAGCAGCAGGUUCAGGCACAAGUCCUACUAGCAGUAGCAGCGUCAGCCCCAGCGAUCAAGGUCAAGAACAUUCCACCGAAGGUUCAGGAGGUGGAGACACAUAUACAAGACAGCGUGUACUGCCUGGAGCUAUCAUGGAGCACUCCGCUUCAACAGUUCAUGAUGAAGAAGAUGUACGAGCUCCUGGUCUACGGCGGCCCUCAGCAUUUGAAAUGACAAUAAACCUAGCAGCCGAUGAGCGUACCAAGAACGAGCAAGAGACAUCUGGAUCUGUCCUAGAAGGAGAUCACACUGGUGAUAGUGCUGCCCUUCAUGAACUAAAAUCUGUUUCCUCUGGUGGAAAGGAUAAUGAGGCAUCUGCACUAGAAGUAGAUCAUACCAAGAAGAGUGCUUUCAUCCAAGGUCAAGA